AUGGUAAAAUACCGUCGACUGAUGGAGAUGGAGACAGAAGAGCCGCGGAUUCCCUCGCGGUUGAGUAUUUUGAGUCGAAGUAAGUGUGUGUUUUUAUGCGACGAGAUAAUCCCGAGAUCAAAACCCUCUCAGCUCGGGUCGAACGUGUUAUAUUACACAAGCGUAGAUAACACAUAUCAAUUGCAGACUCGUCGAACGCCGACUGUCAUUCCCAGUUCAGUGAGGAGGAGUUUCAACGGGACUUACAGAAAAAGUAGGUAUUGUACUGAUGGUUUAGAGUAAUAGUAUUGUAAUUAUUGUCAGGAAGAGUAAUUUUUGAGUCCAUAGAGAAGCGGCAAGGGGGGGGGGGGAGGAGAGGAGCAAACAUACAAUUUUUUACAACUUUCUUGGUUUACAGUAGUACCAGUAGCUUAUAUAAAAAAUCUUUGCGGUUUUAAGUUUUAAAACUAAUAUAUUUAAAUAUCCAGGCAGUUUGGCAACUUUGGCAUUGUGUUGCAAGCACUUUUUUUGAUGUUCCAGACAAGAUACGCUUACAAAUUUAACAUUGCAAGUUUAUUUGAAGCUUUUCUAUCAUUAUAUUGAAGAAAAAUAGUUAAAAGUCAAAAAAAGCUUGAAACACUAUGCCAAUUUGGCGGGAAAUUCAGAACGCGAUUUUUUGAUCUCGAUUUUUUCAAAGCUGACCGCAAAACACAGCUUACAAUUUUGCAUAAGUUGUUACAUUUACAUGAACAUUCAAUAAAAAAACUUUUAAUGAAAUCUGAGCGUUGCAGGUCGGGUACCUUCCUUGUUAGCCAUAGAGGAAAAGUGUUGAAAAUUACUAGUAAAAUGCGUUUUAUAUUCAAACUUUUUCCAAAAAGUUUAUAUGUUUCAUCUGACUGUACCUACAACCUUUUGUACUUUCUAAAAGAGCUCAAAAACCAACGAACGUUCUGUAACAAAGAGAUCAAACUUUUACUUUUACCGUUUGUUCUAAAGGGUUUUUUGAAAUUUGAAGCGUGUACUUUUUAAAAAUCUAAAAAUACAUAUAAUUUACUUGAUUAUUUUACAUGUAAUGUAGAAGCUUUUUAUCUUUUUUUUUAGUUUAGAAAAUGUAAAAAAAAUUUUGAAAAAAUUUGAACGUGGUCCCCCUGUAGAUCUCUGGAAAAAAAUUUUUGCAAACAAUCGGUUCAGGUAGUAUGCUGAUUUUUUCGGUCUCUGCACCGCGACCAAAAAUACCCGCUCGGCCCUGCUGAUGGCUUUAAACUUUUUUUUUAAAUAAAUAAUUUUUUUAAUCUUUUUUAGUUUUGGAUUUAACUUUAUUUUUUGUUCUUUUUAUUUUUAUUUUUCGUAAUUUGCCAUGCCGUUCAACAUUUGUUUUACAUCUGAUAUGCGCAUAAAAUGUGGUGGUAUUGGGGGUGCGAGUACACAUAGAGGACAUAAGUACAUAUAUAAAUAUAGCUAUAUAUGUUUAGAUGUAUGGAUGUGUGGAUUUUCACAUGCAUACUUAUUUUACGUUUAUAACACAUAUAUAAAAUACUAUAGUUUAUAUCAUUUCUAGGUCGAAAAACGAUGUUGUUUGAACAAUAAUUUAAAAGCCAUUUUUCAAAAAGCUAAUUGUCUGUGUCAUUACAUAUUGUACAUUACACUACAUACACUCUGUAAUUAUAGAGUCGAAUAGAAAACAUCUUUUAAUUUCUUUUAUAAGCCUUUUUUUCAAAUUUUUAUUGAAAAAUUGGUGUUGGAAACAAUAUGUAUUGAACAAAUGAAUGUGUAUAGGAAGUAAAUUACUAUGAUAUCGUGAAGAUUAAUUUACUUUUUUUUUGAAAGGAGGGUUUUGAUAGUUCUUAAAUUGUACCAUUUUUGAUAUUUUUUUAUUCUUUAAUUUUCAAAAAUUUCAAUUUUUUUUGAAAUUUCAAUGGAAACCGGUUGUAAAUGUAAUGGGGAAUGUUAUAUGAAAGUGUAAUUAUUUUAGUUUUUUUAAGCUUAAACUUUUGAAUUAAAUUCAAGUUACUAAUCAUAUUUUUUAAAUUUUAUAAUAUAGGCUUAAAGUUGAUAAGCCUAAGGUUUUGUUUCAUUUUUAAAAAUUUUUAUGAUCUUUUUUCAGGCCGAACGUUGUGGGACCGGGCGGUGUGCCAUUACCACGCCAAGCCGAACUCACUGCCAUGUUGGACGGCGACAAAAUAUCUGUCAUGUGCUUCACGUGGAACAUUGCCUCGAGGGUAUAUUUUUGUUUUUUCAAUUUUUUGGAGCUUUUUGAAAAUUUAAAUUAUAUUAAAUUUUUAAUAAAUCUUCUCUAGCUCUAGUCUUGCUAUACAAUUCGUAAAAUUUUUAAAAAUUUUAAUUUUUUGAACUUAUAUAGUUAUAAUAAAAUCCUUAAAAAGGGACCUUUAGCCAGUAAGUGGACUGAACAGCCUCAGUGAGCUAUUUGAAAAAGUGCCUCGGAAUGAACGUCAAGAUAUCAUAGCCAUUGCCUUACAAGAGCUACCUACUUCAACAAUGUAUGUUUUUAAAAUAAUUUGAUGUAAAAUACGAAUCCUAUUUUUGUGUCUAGAUAUUUUUUUAUUUUGCCCUAGGGAAUUCGCUAGAGACGGGGUGUUUUUUACAUUAAAUAAGGGCAAACCUACCGUUCUUUUAGAACACAACGUAAAAAAAUUUGAAAAGUGGCAGCACAGGUACUGUGGUUUUCGAAGUUAGAGGCACAGAAUUAUUUGAUCAUUCUAAUAUCUUUUUUAGUAAUAGUUAAAGAAGCUAAAAUAAUAUCAUUUUUAGACGGUUCCACAAUGACAUGGUAGCAAUAGUGCAGAAAGCUUUGGAUGACACGCAUCGAGUCUACUGUUGGGUGCGAAAGUGGUCCCAAAUGGUACUGAUUUUCAUUAGAAAAAAGUUGAGCUUGUACGCUUCUUGUAAGUUUUUUUUUAAUUUUUUUUAUUUUGAAUUUUGGCAUAUUAAAAAUCUUCGAAAAUGACAGUUUUGUGCUAUAAUUUUGAAUUUGAAAGCGAAAAUAAUGAUCUUAUAGGCUGUAUAUGUCAAUUUAAUAAUAUUAUAAGCCUAGAAUUAAAAUUUUAAAUUUUGUGCAUAAAAUUUUAAAAAUGAAUGAUUUUCAGAUCCAGAAUAUCAAUUUGUGGCUACAAAACGGCUAGCCUCACCCUUCAGAACAAAAGGAGCUAUUGGAGUUUGCUUUAGGUUAUUACAAACGACUUGCGUGUUUAUAACGUGCCAUUUGACUCGUAAGUAGCUUUAGCUCUUUCCUUAGCCCUAGCCCUAGACUUAGCUACAGCUCUAACCCUAGCUUUAAUCCUAACCUUAUCAAUAGCUCUAGCCUAGCUCUAGACUUAGUCGUACUAGAACUAGUCCUAGUGGUAGCCAUAGCUCUAGAUUUAGCCAUAGUUUUAGCCGGAGCUCUAGCCCUGAUUGUAACAUUAGUUUUAGCUAUGCUUCAGACCAUAGCCAUUGUCCUAGUCCAUAGUAUGAGCUUAGCCUCUCUAAACAAAAACGGCAAGACGAUAUUACCCUUCCUUACCCUAAACCUUUUUUACAUUUUCUUUUUCUUCCUAUAUUCCUAGCUAAACUUUCCGUCUUCUAGAUUACGUUAAUAUAACCUUUUUAUUUAAAUAAUUAUACUCUUCCCAACCAACCUCAAUAUUUCAGAUGGAAAAGUGAAGAAGCGAGUGUCAGACUAUGAUAAACUAUCCAAAGCUUUUACCUUUCCAAUGCUCAAAACCGAUUCGAAUACGGGUAUUCCAAUGAAGAACGCUGGCUAUGUCUUUUGGUUUGGGGAUCUAAACUUUCGAAUACAAAGACAAGAUACGGCCGACAUCAUACGAAGCCAGCUGGAAGAGAAGUUGUUCAAGGAAAAGAUCGACUUUAACACACUGUUAAGUCAUGAUGAAUUGACAUUGGAGAAGGCGAAAGGUAAGGGUUUAUUUGAUGUUUAUAGGGUUAUAAAAAUUCUAAAGUUGUCAUUUUGAACUUUUUUAAAUUUCAUUUUUAGAGAUUUAAAAUAAUUUUUAAAUUUCAAUUUUUUAAAAUUUAAAAUUUUUUUUAGAAUUUUAAUUUACGUGUUUUAGGCCUAGUAUUUGACGGCUUCAAAGAAGGCAUUAUCACUUUCCCUCCAACUCAUAAGUUCUACCGUAAUACCAAUGAGUUUGUACCUCAUCGAAUACCUUCGUAUACAGUAAGUUAGUACUAAAGUCAUAUUCACACAAGUAUGAGUAUGCGUAGGGUAGGGUAGGGUAGGGUAGGGUAGGGUAGGGUAGGGUAGGGUAGGGUAGGGUAGGGUAGGGUAGGGUAGGGUAGGGUAAGGCAAAGCAAACCAAAGCAAGGCAAGCCAGAGUUGAGUGGGGUAGAGCAAGACAGAAACGUCAUGAUAAAUCAAAAUAGCCGUUACUUCUCUAUACUAUCUUUGUACUGUUUACUUUAAUUUUUGAUUAUACCGCCUCAACUCACAGCCAAGCUUAAUCUGACCAAGAAUUUUCAUUUUCAGGACCGUGUAUUGUACUGGGCCAAGGACUUUGACACGAUAUAUCCGAUACGAUACGACUGUGUAUGGGCUCUGACCGUUUCCGACCACAAACCAGUGUACUGUACAUUCAAAAUCAAGGUACUAGAGAAGCGGACCGAUGCUGGGGGCUCAGUACAUACCAACACAACGACCUCAAGGGGUUCGACGGUCAGUCGCAGCGCCAAAUCUUGCUAUUAA